AUGAAGCUACGGCUUCUGCCCUUGCUUCCCCCCAGUGUCACCGCAGUGGGAGAAGCUGGAAAAUCCACUCACCUGCUCCCUGGCAGGGAGCAAGGUGCUUUCCUGGCACGUGUGGAGAAGAGGGAGGCAGGGCUUAAGCCACCCAUUCCUACAGAACUUAACCAGCCCUUCUUGAUCUUUGCCACGGUCUCAUGGUACCAAGUGACGUGUCCCUCCUGUGAGACUCGAUCCCCAGACCCGCCUGAGACGAUGUCAGGAAUGCAGGCCGUUUGGCCAUCCGGUACGGAAUGUAUCGCCAAGUAUAACUUCCAUGGCACCGCCGAGCAGGACCUCCCGUUCAGCAAAGGGGACGUGCUCACCAUCGUCGCCGUCACCAAGGAUCCCAACUGGUACAAAGCCAAAAACAAGGUGGGCCGUGAGGGGAUCAUCCCUGCCAACUAUGUUCAGAAGCGGGAAGGAGUGAAAGCCGGAACCAAACUCAGUCUGAUGCCCUGGUUCCAUGGGAAGAUCACGCGGGAGCAGGCGGAGCGGCUGCUGUACCCCCCGGAGACGGGCCUCUUCCUGGUGCGGGAGAGCACCAACUACCCGGGCGACUACACCCUGUGCGUGAGCUGCGAGGGGAAGGUGGAGCAUUACCGCAUCAUCUAUUCCUCCAGCAAGCUCAGCAUCGACGAGGAGGUCUACUUCGAGAACCUCAUGCAGCUGGUGGAGCAUUACACCACGGACGCCGACGGGCUCUGCACACGCCUCAUCAAACCCAAACUCAUGGAGGGGACGAUAGCAGCUCAGGACGAGUUCUCCAGAAGCGGCUGGGCCCUCAACAUGAAGGACCUGAAGCUUCUGCAGACCAUCGGCAAAGGGGAGUUUGGAGAUGUGAUGCUGGGCGAUUACCGUGGCAACAAAGUUGCCGUGAAGUGCAUUAAACACGACGCCACCGCGCAGGCCUUUCUGGCGGAGGCCUCAGUGAUGACGCAGCUCCGACACAGCAACCUGGUACAGCUGCUGGGGGUGAUCGUGGAGGAGAAGAGUGGUCUCUACAUUGUCACUGAAUAUAUGGCAAAGGGAAGCCUAGUCGAUUACCUGCGAUCCCGAGGGAGGUCUGUGCUGGGGGGCGACUGCCUGCUGAAGUUCUGCUUAGACGUCUGUGAAGCCAUGGAGUACCUGGAAGCCAACAACUUUGUCCACCGGGACCUGGCGGCGAGGAACGUGCUGGUCUCAGAGGACAACAUCGCCAAAGUCAGCGACUUUGGGCUGACGAAGGAGGCGUCGUCCACUCAGGACACGGGGAAGCUGCCAGUGAAAUGGACGGCACCGGAAGCACUUAGAGAAAAGAAAUUCUCCACCAAGUCGGACGUGUGGAGCUUCGGGAUCCUUCUCUGGGAAAUCUACUCCUUCGGGCGAGUGCCUUAUCCGAGAAUUCCUCUGAAGGAUGUCGUUCCCCGCGUGGAGAAGGGGUACAAGAUGGACGCCCCCGACGGCUGCCCCCAGGUCGUCUACGAGGUGAUGAAAAACUGCUGGACCCUGGACCCCAUCAUCCGGCCUUCCUUCCACCAACUACGGGAACAGCUAGAGCAUAUCAAAGGCAACGAGCUCUACCUGUGA